CCCAUCAGCUAAAGAGAAGAGAAAAAAAAAAAGAAGAAAAAGAAAAAAGAAAACAGUUUUUCUCAAUCUAUUUCUCACUUCUUUUCUUCUCGUGAAUUCAUCUCGACUUCCUAAUUGCACCAUCUUCAAUUGUACCUUGUACUGUUGCAUUCCGGUCCAUCGUUUGCUAUACAACUAUAUCCAGCGACCCGCUUGAUAUCCGCCAUCAUUGAGUCAUCGAGCUUAGAUCAUUAUUCAGAUAUAUACCACACACAGUCAUACAGCAAUUAUGCCUGCAUCAGUGAAUUACCGGGUCAUUGAGCCCCAUCCUUCCGUCUCACGCCCAGCUCUCCAUACAGCUCGCGGCGGCGCUGGCAACAUCAUCAGCCUGAAGAACACCAAGACCACUCCUUCACAGACGGCCACCGGUCCAGCUUCCUUGACACGUCUGGACUCUCACGUCCCCGCCGUCUACAAGUCCGGCCGUGGCGGCGCAGGAAAUGUCCACAGCAGCAGUGAGCGCGCCAUCUUCAGCUUCGACGAAGAACUCGAACGGGACCUCCGUCGCGCCGCUCCAGUUUACCACGUCGGCCGUGGUGGUGCCGGAAAUAUGGUCUACAGCGACAACGGGAGCAUCCUGAGCCGCAAGUUCUCCAUCAGCAGCAAUGCCACGUCAAGUAGCACGGGUUCGACCAGCUCCACUCGGGAGAAGGCCCUGCGCGGCUUAGAGAAGGGCUGGGGCAAGUUGAGAGGAAUGGCAUAGAGGCGAUUUGCAAGACACAUCCGCAUACAGCUUACCGUCCUUUGGUUCGAGCGUUCUCGCAUUCGCAUUUCGACCAUGAAACUCACGACUUACGACCAACCCAAAAAAAAGUUUUUGUUUUCUACAUCUCUUCAAUCUCCUCUUCCAACUUCAUUUGCGAUUCUCGAAACCUCCUACUUCAACAUCCCUUUUUAAUCUCACCAAUUCGCUUGCUCCACGAAGAAGCAUAUCUGUUUAACUUGCUACUGUUCGCUUGCGCCAUUUCUCGACUCCCAUGUCGAUAUUGAUACCCCCUCCAAUUGCCAACCGGCACUUUACUUUCUUGACUGCCUGUUCAGGGUUCAAUUAAACCUUGUUUCAACACAUCUUCACUCUCCAUGUCUUCAUUAUCUAUAUGUACGCCCGGUUCUGGAAUCGGCAACAGGGCUUUUUAUGACCUUUCCCUUAUAUACUAUAUUUCCGAACUGGAAACCGCAGUUUUAGUCCCUGCAUAAAAUGAACAGGAACAAGAAAGUUCGAACACACAAUUUUAUCUCCUUACCUUUUCUUCUAGAUGUGUAGAGGUAUACCUUGUGAACUGUAUGUUUCAGACUGUACCCCUGGUAUGUGUGCACUG